GCCCGCGCCCGCGCCCGCGCUCAGGAGUGCGGGAGAGCGCUCGCCGCCGUCCGUCGCCCUCCCGCAGCCCGCGAGCGAUGGCGCGGCCCCGGCGUGCCCGCGAGCCGCUGCUGCUGGCGCUGCUGGCAUGGCUGGCUCAGGCGGGCCUGGCGCGCGCCGCGGGCUCGGUGCGCCUGGCGGGCGGCCUCACGCUGGGCGGCCUGUUCCCGGUGCACGCGCGCGGCGCGGCGGGCCGGGCGUGCGGGCCGCUGAAGAAGGAGCAGGGCGUGCACCGGCUCGAGGCCAUGCUGUACGCCCUGGACCGCGUCAACGCCGACCCCGCGCUGCUGCCCGGCGUGCGCCUUGGCGCGCGGCUGCUGGACACCUGCUCGCGGGACACGUACGCGCUGGAGCAGGCGCUGAGCUUCGUCCAGGCGCUGAUCCGCGGCCGCGGCGACGGCGACGAGGUGGGCCUGCGCUGCCCUGGGGGCGUCCCCCCUCUGCGCGCCGCGCCCCCCGAGCGCGUCGUGGCCGUCGUGGGCGCCUCGGCCAGCUCUGUCUCCAUCAUGGUCGCCAACGUACUGCGCCUGUUUGCGAUACCCCAGAUCAGCUAUGCUUCCACCGCCCCAGAGCUCAGCGACUCCACACGCUACGACUUCUUCUCUCGGGUAGUGCCGCCAGACUCCUACCAGGCCCAGGCCAUGGUGGACAUCGUGCGGGCGCUGGGAUGGAACUACGUGUCUACACUGGCUUCAGAGGGCAACUAUGGCGAGAGUGGGGUUGAGGCCUUUGUGCAAAUCUCCCGAGAGGCUGGGGGGGUGUGUAUUGCCCAGUCCAUCAAGAUUCCCAGGGAACCGAAGCCAGGAGAAUUCAACAAGGUCAUCAGGAGACUCAUGGAGACACCAAACGCCCGGGGUAUCAUCAUCUUUGCCAACGAGGAUGACAUCAGGCGGGUCCUGGAGGCAGCACGCCAGGCCAACCUGACAGGACACUUCCUGUGGGUCGGCUCAGACAGCUGGGGAGCCAAGACCUCGCCCAUCCUGAGCCUGGAGGACGUGGCCGUGGGGGCCAUCACCAUCCUGCCCAAGAGGGCCUCCAUCGAUGGGUUUGACCAGUACUUCAUGACUCGCUCCCUGGAGAACAACCGCAGGAACAUUUGGUUUGCCGAGUUCUGGGAAGAGAAUUUUAACUGCAAGCUGACCAGUUCAGGUACCCAGUCGGAUGAUUCCACCCGCAAGUGCACAGGCGAGGAACGCAUCGGCCGGGACUCCACCUACGAGCAGGAGGGCAAGGUGCAGUUUGUGAUUGAUGCUGUGUACGCCAUUGCCCACGCCCUCCACAGCAUGCACCAGGCGCUCUGUCCUGGCCACACGGGCCUGUGCCCGGCGAUGGAGCCCACUGAUGGGCGGACGCUGCUGCAGUAUAUUCGAGCCGUGCGCUUCAAUGGCAGCGCGGGAACCCCUGUGAUGUUCAAUGAGAACGGAGAUGCCCCCGGGCGGUACGACAUCUUCCAGUACCAGGCCCCCAACGGCAGCGCCAGCAGUGGCGGGUACCAGGCGGUGGGCCAGUGGGCAGAGGCCCUCAGGCUGGACGUGGAAGCCCUGCAGUGGUCUAGCGACUCCCGUGAGGUGCCCUCAUCUCAGUGCAGCCUCCCCUGUGGGCCGGGUGAGCGGAAGAAGAUGGUGAAGGGCGUCCCUUGUUGUUGGCACUGCGAGGCCUGUGAUGGGUACCGCUUCCAGGUGGACGAGUUCACCUGCGAGGCGUGUCCUGGGGACAUGAGGCCCACACCUAACCACACAGGCUGCCGCCCCACGCCUGUGGUCCGCCUGACCUGGUCCUCCCCGUGGGCGGCCCCGCCCCUCCUCCUGGCCGUGCUGGGCAUCAUGGCCACCACCACGGUGGUGGCCACCUUUGUGAGGCACAACAACACACCCAUCGUCCGGGCCUCUGGCCGUGAGCUCAGCUACGUGCUCCUCACCGGCAUCUUUCUCAUCUACGCCAUCACCUUCCUCAUGGUGGCGGAGCCUGGGGACGCAGUCUGCGCUGCCCGCCGGCUCUUCCUGGGCCUGGGCACCACCCUCAGCUACUCCGCCCUGCUGACCAAGACCAACCGAAUCUACCGCAUCUUUGAGCAGGGCAAGCGCUCCGUCACGCCCCCGCCCUUCAUCAGCCCCACGUCACAGCUGGUCAUCACCUUCAGCCUCACCUCCCUGCAGGUGGUGGGGGUGAUAGCAUGGCUGGGGGCCAAGCCCCCACACAGUGUCAUUGACUACGAAGAGCAGCGGACAGUGGACCCGGAGCAGGCCAGAGGGGUGCUCAAGUGUGACAUGUCGGAUCUGUCCCUCAUCGGCUGCCUGGGUUACAGCCUCCUGCUUAUGGUCACAUGCACUGUGUAUGCCAUCAAGGCCCGUGGCGUGCCCGAGACCUUCAAUGAGGCCAAGCCCAUUGGCUUCACCAUGUACACCACCUGCAUCAUCUGGCUGGCUUUUGUGCCCAUCUUCUUCGGCACUGCCCAGUCAGCUGAAAAGAUCUACAUCCAGACAACCACACUGACUGUGUCCUUGAGCCUGAGUGCAUCGGUGUCCCUUGGCAUGCUGUACGUACCCAAAACCUACGUCAUCCUGUUCCAUCCGGAGCAGAACGUGCAGAAGCGGAAGCGGAGCCUCAAGACAACCUCCACGGUGGUGGCCCCUGCGAAGGGCGAGGGCACAGAGAACCCCAAGUAGCAGGCGGGCAGGAAUGGGACUGGCUGCUGGCUCUCCUCGUUUCUGUUCUUCCCUCACUUCGCGGUGGAGGCGGCGAGGAGCCCAGGCCCGCCGGCAGCAGUCAGGGCAGGGGGUCCAUGAAGACUGGGCGGCCUUUGCAGGGCACGGCGCCGUCCCCGUCGGUCUCCCUUUCCUGUGUGUCGGCAUCACACCCCUGCAGCCCAGCUUGCUGCCCGCGGGGGACACUGGCACUGAGAGGGCUCUUCCGCCUCUGGAGAGACUCUACUGAUUCCUCCAGGCUGAGGCUCCCGGCCGCGACGACGCCCCGGCUCGGCCCAGUGGGAGUGAGUUCCGUCCCUUGGUCGAGCACCACAGCCUGGGCAGCGUGCAGGAGCCCGGAGUGGAGGGAGACUCCUCUUUGUCUCAACAAGAGGAGACCUGUGGGUUUACAUUCCGCACUAACGUGGCUCAGGUGGGGUUGUGCUGGCACGGAGGGACAGGCCCAGGUGAGGUCCCCGAGCAGCGGCCGGAGACUGAGCCCAGAGCUGGGCUGUGCCCACGAUGUCCUCACACUGCCGUCUUCCCCCGGGAUUGGGGAGCGCCGAACUGUUUAGAGCACAGCUGCUUUCCUUCCCCAUGUGUGCUCCUUCACGUUACUCUCAGACCUUUAGAAACUCAGAUGCACUUGUAUGGUGUCAGUGGUGUGAGCUAAAGGCACAGGGUGGCAUUUGCCUCCCCGUGAUGCCUGUGGGAAGUUGUGUUCAGGAGCCCUACGUUGGGAGCAGUGACAGAGUUGUAUCCACAGUGAGGAUUAGUUCCAAGCAGAUAACUUAGGGUGACUAUAACAACUUUUGUUCCCCAUAUUUACUAGGAAGUCCCCUUGAAAGGAGAGUGUGAGGCAGAGUAGGAAGACAUUUGGACUACACAUGCAUGGACAUUUGUCACUAACCUUUUUCACAAAAAGUGUGGUUUUACUUUUGGAAUUUUGUUUCCCUGAGGUAGAAUUUAAAUUUGUUAAAUUGUUUCUUAAAAUCAGCAUAAAUUCCCUGUUAUGUAAUGUCUGGAAGUAAUUUUGAGGGUGUACCAUACUUUAUACAGCACAGAGACCCUCUGCUAGAUAGAUUCUUUGGUGCACAGUAAGUUUUGACCUUGGCACUAGGUAUUUCCACAUUUUUUAAAUUAAUAGGGAUUCUUGGGACAUUUUUGUUGUAUUACAGAUUCUCCUUUGCACAAUUGUUGCAUUCCUAGGAUUUCCCCAAAGUGUGAAUUAUGAAGUUUCAUUUACUGCUGAAUGCAUUCCAAAAUUCCUUAUUCCAUAGGGCUUCUCUCCUCUGUGGGUUCUUUGAUGUAUAAUGAGGUGUGUUUUCUUGCUGAAGGCUUUUCCACAUUAGUGCUUUUAUAGGGUUCUUCUCCUGUAGGAACUGUUUGAGAGUCAGUGAACUCUGACCUCCAAAAUGAAGGUUUCUCUGCAUUUACUGUUUUCUCAGUGUUUCUCCCAGUAUGAAUUCUCUGAUGUGUAAUGAAUUUUAACUUCUAGUUGAAAACUUUUCCAUAUUUUUUUAAACAUUGUGUGAUUUUCCCCACUCUGAACUCUGACUUAGAAUGAUUUUCUAGUAAAGGCAUUUCCACAUUGAUUGCAUUUAGAGGAUUUCUCCCAAGCAUGAGGUUUCUGAUUUCGUGGAAGACUUCUACAUACUUCCCACAUUCAUUCCUGUCUAUCUGAUGGGAAUCAACUGAUGCACAGUGAGUUCUAACUUCCUCUUAUGGGAUUUCUCACAUUUAGUUCACUUGUAGGUUUUCUCCACAACAUGAACCAUCUUGUGCAUGGUGGGACAUCCUCUGUUACUAACGGUGUUAUCAUAUCUAGUACAUUCAUGAGGGUUCUCCCCUUUCUGAAUUCUCUGAUGAGUACAAAGUUCUGACUUCUACAAAAGGGAUUUUCCACAUUCAGUGUCUACAUGUGAUUUCUCCCUUUGAUCAUUUCCUUGGCGUUCAGUGGAGAUUGACAUCUCCCUAAAGGUUUUCCCAUUUUUUGCAUGUAUAGUUUUGAAUUCCUUGAUGUUCCAUCAAUUUGUUUCUACCCUUGAAUAAAAUUUUUGUUUCUUUUCAAAUUUGUGGAAUUUAUAAGACACUUUGCCAGUGUGGUUGAAUAAGAGCUGAGCUAUACCUAAGGCUUUCUCACAUUCAUUGUCCUUGAAUUGUUCCUCUUUAGUAUGAAUUAUAUGUUGCAGGGAAAAUGGAGUUCUAGGUUGAAGGCUUAUUUCAAAUUUAUUACAAUUACAGUUUUUCUCUCCAGUUUUAGUUCUCUAAAAAAAGAGUAAGAUUACAUUUUGAUAUAAGCUUUACCCAACUAUUCCCAAGGUGGUUUCCCCUGUGGUCUGAUGUGAUGAGAUUUGUAUAGGAGGGACUUUGUAUAUUAAUUAUAUUUUUAUGCUUUCUCACCAGUGUGAACUUUCUGACACAUUUAUUACAGCUUUUUCAUGUUUAUUAUAUUUUUGGCUUUGGAAAUUUCUUCCUAAUUUAUUACAAUUAUUGCCUUUCACUUUAGUUACAUCUUGUUAAGCAAAUGCAACUUCUCUCCAAAGUUUUAUGUGAGUCUCCUGUUGCUUCUUUAUAUAGCUAGUGGUUCGUAAGACUCCUUCAAAAUGGAAUAAAAUGCACAAUUCCAAGUGAAUCCUUCUACUAUCAUUUUAUAGAAUGAAACUGCUUCAGAAGUACUAUUUGUCAUAUUUAAUUAUACCUUUGCUUCUCAAUAUGAAAAAUUCCAAAGUGUAAAUACUUUCUACCUUUUGGGUUUUAAGGGGAAACUGCUGUCAUGUGGACAGAGAGGAGAAUACUGAGAGUUAUUGUAAGCAAUUUUGGGAGUUUUGAAGAUGACCUUUCAUCUUAUGAGAAAAGGGUAAAGAAAUGUAAGGAGUAGGAACCAAGAAGGGACAAGGCUCUGAUGGGGAGAGACCGAAGGGGAGAGUGGGAGGGAACAGGCAGCCCCGGAUGUGGAGGGGCAGACUAGUGAAAGGGCUGGAUGGAGAAUGUCAUGCCUCACCACUCCACUGUGGAUCACUGCCUCUUUCUGUGUGGGCUGUUGGAACAGAAAACCAUAGUCUGGGGGGCUGAUCAACAACAGGCAUUCAUUUCUCACAAUUCUGGUGGCUGGAAAGGCCAAGACCAAGAUGUUGGCAGAUCUGGUGUCUGCUGAGGGCUGCUUCCUGGUUCAUUGGUGGCGCCUUCUGUCUGUGUCCUAAUGUGGCAGAAAGGCUGAGGGUGCUCUGGGGUCUCGUUGAUAAGGGCACUAAUCCAACUCAUGAGGAUUCCACCCUCGUGACCUGAUCACCUCCCAAAGGCCCUACCUCCAAAUACCACCACAGCAGGGGUUAGGAUUUCAACGUGUGAAUUUUGGGGUGACACAAAGAUUCAGUCUAUGCCAAUAACUACUGCAGAAUACUAACUAGUCCACAGCAAUUACUACUGCAGAAUACUAAUUAGUCUAUGGCAAUGAAUACUGAAGAAUACUAACUAGUACUAACUAUUAACUGUUUCUUGUAUCUUUUCCCUCUUGUCCAUCCUACACAUCAAUAUAAAAAUUAUCAUUCCAUGGCACCACAUUGCUGUGGUCCCAGCUCUCUCCCAGAAACUCCAUCUGGGUGUGAUUUAUUCUCACAUUUACAUGGUAACAGAAACAGCAGGAAGGAUAAUAGUCUGAGAUCAUGGUCACAGGCUCUGUUCAUUGCUAUAAUCUGUCAGGCUAAGUACUAUCAGGUUAUUCUACCAGACUGUUUAAAUACUGAAUUUACCUGAAGUGGCAAUUUCUACAUUAUCUUUCUCAUUCUUAUU